UGAUCAACCUUUGUACCUUUUCCGAACUAAAAGAUGGUGAAGCUAGAUAUCCACACUUUGGCCCACCACCUCAAACAGGAGCGCUUGUAUGUGAGCUCUGAGAAACAGCUCAUUCAGAGGCUAAAUGCAGAUGUACUGAAGACAGCUGAAAAGCUGUAUCGAACAGCGUGGAUUGCAAAGCAACAGAGGAUUAAUUUGGAUCGGCUUAUUAUAACCAGUGCUGAAGCUUCUCCUGCUGAGUGUUGCCAGCAUGCCAAGAUUUUGGAAGAUACACAGUUUGUUGAUGGAUAUAAGCAACUGGGAUUUCAGGAAACCGCUUAUGGUGAAUUCUUGAGUAGAUUAAGAGAAAAUCCUCGUCUUAUUGCUUCCUCUUUGGUUGCUGGAGAAAAACUCAACCAGGAGAACACACAGAGUGUUAUCUACACAGUUUUUACCUCCUUGUACGGCAACUGUAUUAUGCAGGAAGAUGAAAGCUACCUCCUUCAGGUCUUACGGUACCUGAUUGAAUUUGAACUUAAAGAAAGUGACAACCCCAGGCGCCUUUUGAGGAGAGGAACUUGUGCCUUCAGCAUCUUAUUUAAACUUUUUUCUGAAGGACUGUUUUCUGCCAAACUUUUCCUUACAGCUACUUUACAUGAGCCAAUCAUGCAGCUCCUUGUAGAAGAUGAAGAUCAUCUGGAGACAGAUCCCAACAAGCUCAUUGAGAGAUUCUCCCCAGCUCAGCAGGAAAAACUCUUUGGAGAGAAAGGCUCAGAUAGAUUCAGGCAAAAGGUUCAAGAAAUGGUGGACUCCAAUGAGGCCAAACUGGUGGCUUUGGUGAACAAAUUUAUCGGCUAUCUCAAGCAGAACACGUACUGCUUCCCACAUAGUCUGAGGUGGAUUGUGUCACAGAUGUACAAAACUCUGUCUUGUGUAGACAGACUGGAGGUUGGGGAGGUCAGAGCAAUGUGUACCGAUCUUCUGUUGGCUUGCUUCAUUUGUCCCGCAGUUGUCAAUCCAGAGCAGUAUGGAAUAAUAUCUGAUGCUCCCAUCAAUGAGGUGGCAAGGUUUAACCUGAUGCAG